AGUUGUCUGUUCUUUCUGUUUCUAAUUCGCUCUUACAACUUCUAGAAAUUACUGUUUUAUCUGGAAACUGGCUAUCCGUUGACCUUUUGUAAAUGGAAAGUGUUUCUACAAAAGUGAAAGAUAAUAUGACUUCCCGAAAACGAAAAAGGGACGAAACUAAAACGGAGGAGAUCAGCUCUGAGUCUUGCCUCAGUCAGCCAAACGAUCAAAGUGUUCAUGAAGUCAUAACGAACAAGCCAUCUACGUUGCCAGCAAUCCACUAUGAUCCUGACACGACUGAGCCCAUCAGCUGCAGUCUGAAGUCUCUUGAUGAAUUGUUGUCAUGGAAACGAAAGGAAGCAAGUCUUUUUAAUGUGGCCACUGUGCCUUUGGCUAGCAGGUAUCCUCCACUGCACAGCUGCCCUAGACGGACAUUGGUGUCCCAUGACAUGAUGGGUGGCUACCUGGAGGACAGGUUCAUUCAAGGUGCAGAGGUGGAGACGCCAUAUGCCUUCUAUCACUGGGAGUAUAUUGACAUCUUCAACUACUUCAGUCAUCAGAUGGUAACCAUUCCUCCGGCGGUUUGGACAAAUGCAGCACAUAAGCAUGGAGUGCUCUCUAUUGGCACAUUCAUCACAGAGUGGACAGAUGGAGAGAAGACAUGUGAGGCCUUCCUUGCAGAUGAGGAGAGUUACUGCACAGCUGCUGAUAAGUUGGUUCAGAUUUCCCACUACUACGGCUUUGACGGCUGGCUCAUUAACAUAGAAAAUGUGCUGAGUGAGACUGCAGUGAAGAACACUGGACCCUUUCUGCGCUACCUCACAGACCAGAUGCAUGAGCGUGUUCCAGGCAGUGUGGUGAUCUGGUAUGACAGCGUGCUGAAAAACGGCACGCUCGAUUGGCAGAACAAACUCAAUGAUGACAACAGAAUGUUUUUUGAUGCCUGUGAUGGAAUAUUCACUAACUACAACUGGACAGAGCAGAGCCUGGAGUGGAUGAAGUCCUACUCUGCUGCUCAGGGCCGCUUUGCUGACAUCUAUGUUGGUGUUGAUGUGUUUGCAAGAGGGAAGGUGGUUGGAGGGAAAUUUGAGACCAAUAAGGCUCUGAAUAUGAUUAGGAUGUAUGAAUUUUCAACAGCCAUCUUUGCUCCUGGCUGGGUGUACGAAUGCCACGAAAAGGCAAAUUUCCGCCAAAACCAAGACAAGUUUUGGAGUUUGCUGUCUGAUUCCCUUUAUAUCCACCGGCCCUCGUCCAGUCUUCCAUUCAUCUCCUCAUUUUGUCAGGGCUUUGGAAAGAGCCUGUACUGGAGGGGACAGGUGGAGAUGAAGAGAAGCUGGUUUAAUCUGCAUGCUCAGGAGAUCCAGCCUCUGUACCUCUCUGAGAACAUGGACAAUGGCGGCUGGCUGAGAACCCGUGGCUGCUCUGAGGACGCUUGGAUCGGAGGCAGCUCUCUGACGGUGGAGGGCAUGAUUCCAUCUGGACUUUCUGAAGUCUGUGCAAGGAUUUUUUCUCUCCAUGUUCCCUUGGCCACCAGGACGUUUGUUUCUUUUGUCUACAAGCCACCUGUGGGGGUGAAGAUAUCCUUGGAGCUCAAAACGAUAGAUGGUCCUCUGUGCACAUUCGAUGGGAUGGAGGAAAUAGCACCUAGCAGUGUCUUUCCAGAAGCGUUAGCAGAGGAUAACCAGUUGGUUGAGCAGUUUGCACAGAAGUGUGGCCGGUGGUCUUUGGAUGGCUGGACUACCAGAUGUUUCCUGUUGAAAAUGAUUGGCUGCUCACUGCGAGAAGUGUGUAUUCGUGUUUCCCGAGAUGGAGGCGAUGAGGACAUUUCCUUUAAUUGUAGGAUUGGAGAGAUUAUGCUGUUGGAUGCAGAGAGUCUUCAAGCACCCCUGCAGUCUGUUGAAGGCAUCUGCGUGAAUGAUGUGGUGUGGCACACAGGUGCUUUGAAGGGAGACGGACACAUGCACAAGGUACUUUUGAAUGCCACCUUACGCUGGCAAUAUCCCACCCAGCAGGUUCGCCAUUUCCGGAUUCACUGGAGGCAUCUCCGUGGUCCUGACCCUCGGAUUCCCCCUAGACCCUUGACUCUGAUUGGCAGGUCUCACUCCACCCUGUAUCGUGUGGUGGAGCUGGAGGUGCCUGCUGCUCUGGGUCUCAUAGAGCUGGUGGUGGAGCCUGUGAGCAGAGAGGGAUUCAAAGUGCCUGAGGCCCAGUGUGGCCGAUGCACACUCAGUUACAGCGCCAGUUCCUCAGAGAACCCAUCAGUAAUAAUGAAAUGAAAAGUAAUGUACCUCAUGAAAAUAAUAAUGUACCUUCUUCAAAACUGUAAUAUUUUAACCAAAGUCUCUUCAUGAAAUUCGCUUGUUUAU